UUUGAUUUCUAGAAAAAUCCUACAACAAAAGAAAAACUGCUCCCGUUUUGGCCUUUCUGAAGGCGGUUCAUUCGGGUCUAUAAAAACCCUAAACCAACCAAAUCCGCAUCCCACCCAAACACGCACCAAAAGGAGAAGAAAAAAAUCGAUCCUGCCCGGAAUUACAAUCUCUUCGAGCUCUCCGAUUAUUUUCAGAAAUGGCUACACCUUUUAUAGCGGGAUGUACCGUUGCUGCAGCUGCUUAUGGUGCCAGGACCAUGAUCAGGGCUUGGCAAGCUAUGAAGACAAGGCCGCGUGCAUUCUACAAAGGUGGUUUUCAAUCUACCAUGACAAAGAGGGAAGCAGCCCUCAUACUUGGAGUAAGGGAAAGUACUCCCGUCAAAGAUGUGAAGGAUGCUUAUAAGAGGGUCAUGAAAGCGAAUCAUCCAGAUCAAGGUGGCAGCGGCUACAUAACAAACAAAGUAAAUGAAGCCAAGAACAUCUUGAUUGGUGGCAAAAAUUCGGGCUCUGCUUUCUGAGAGGCGCACUUUCAAUACCCCUCCCCGUACUUGGCACACGAGACGGAUUCUUAUAACCAUUGGAAGAGUUUCGUUGUUAAACGUACUUGCAGGUUGCAGCAUCGCACAUGAGAACUGCAGAUCAUUUUUCACCGUGUUCAACUUUUUUGCUUCGCAUUCUUGUAAUUGGAGGGACUAUAGAAAUGUUGGGUCCCUGUCAUUGUGUUCCCCUCACAUCAGCUUCAUCAUCUGUGUAAGUAAAUGGAGCCCCGAGAUCGGGUAGUGAGUUGUUGUUAUAACAGAAUGGUGGGUGAUGGAUAUAGCCUGUAGUUAACCCCAGAUAAUCUUUGAAAUGGAUUAAUGGGUGAUUGAUGUGCAUUGUGUGUUUCGACGAUAAAACCCGAUAAAACCCGAAACUCGGCACAUUUGAAAUCCCUCCAUCCGCUAUCUUAUUCAUCCC